ACCUGUGGCAACAUGUUAAGGCGCAAUGCCAACGCUUUGUUGCUGCCGCUGCUGCUGUUGCUGUUGCUGCUGCAAUUGUCGAGCCUGCAGGCUGAUAAUAUCUUAGCCGUGUUUGGUUAUGCAUUUUCAUCGCCUUAUCUGCUGGUCACGCCAUAUAUCAAUGCGCUGGUGGCAAAAGGUCAUCGGGUCACGCUGCUAACUGCAUCCAAGCACAUGCCGCUGCUGCCGGGCGUGCAACACAUACGCAUCAGUAGUCUGGAUAGACAAAUGGAAGAGCUGAAAGAGAAUCCGAUACUUGAUGUGGACUUCAGCUCCAAAUGGGCGGUGGCCUCUGUGAUAGCUGAAUGGUACUUUAACUCCUCGCAGCACAUACUGAGCGAUGCGGGCGUGCAGUCGCUGCUGCAGGAUACGCAGGCGCACUACGACAUGGUGAUAGUGCAGGCGGCACUAACAGACGCGCUCUAUGGCUUUGCACAGCAUUUCAAUGCAUCGCUGGUGGGCAUUUCGGCAUUUGGCACUGCAUGGAACAUUGACUAUUUGUCUGGCAAUAAAGCGCCAAGCAUAUAUGAGCCCAUGUCAUCGGAGGGCUACAGUCAUGCUGGGCAGGGCUUCUAUGAGAGGCUAAAGAACUGGAUAUUCAUAUCAGAGGAAUGGCUGCUCGAACGUUUCGUCUAUCUGCCCGCUCAGCUGCAGCUGUACAAACGCUACUUUAAUCGCUCCGCUGAGCAACUGUACAGCAUACGGCGUAAUUUUUCGCUGAUGCUGGUUAACCAGCAUUUUAGUCUUGGCCGCGCCAAGUCCAAUGGCCCCAAUGUCAUUGAAGUCGCGGGCAUGCAUAUGAAUCAGCCCGAAAAGCAGUUGCCCGAGUCGCUGCAGCGCUUUGUUGAGCAAGCGCCGCAUGGCGUCAUAUUGUUGUCAAUGGGCAUUCAUGCCACAGAGUCGUGUUUGCCACCAAAUUUAAGCACAACGCUGGCGCAGAGCUUGGCUCAGCUAAAGCAGCGCGUGGUGUGGCGCACUGAGCUCAGCUCGCUGCCCAAUAUGUCCAGCAAUAUUUAUUUAAUGCAGCAGCUGCCGCAGCGCGAGCUGCUAGCUCAUCCCAAUGUUAAACUGUUCAUUACACAUGGCGGAGUGCUGAGCAUUAUCGAAGCUGCUUAUAGCGCUGUGCCCAUGCUAUGUUUACCACUGUACUACGAUCAGUUUGCCAAUGCCGAGCGCAUGCGUCACGCAGGCGUCGCUUUGGUUGGCGAUGCACUGCAACUUACAGUGGAGUCACUUCGCGCUGAUGUGGAGCAGCUGCUGCAAAAUCCACGCUAUCAGCAAAAUGCCAAUGAACUCUCCCGCAGACUGCAAGAUCAGCCCAUGAGUCCGCUGGACAACGCCGUCUGGUGGACCGAGUACGUGUUGCGGCACAAGGGCGCGCCUCAUAUGCGUCUCUCAGAGCAGGACAUGUCCUUUAUGCAAUACUACAGCCUGGACAUUUUCUCAGUGCUCUUGGGACGCAUUGGACUUGCCAUUUUAAUUGUUACAUGUGUUGGCCUCAAACUUGGCAGCUUUCUAUUAAAUCGUUUGCAUUUUCGCCUCAGCGUGCCCGCGCAUAUCUGAACACAUUUUAUUGUUAACUAAUAACUGAUAACAGUUUGCUAGUGUAAAAAUUUUAUUGA